CAUUCUGAAGAGGAGGAUGAUGUACCAUUUGGGCAUGGGAUCUGCAAAGACGAUGACUCAGGCUUAGACAAUCGUUCCGAAGACCACAAAGCUCCGCAAAGAAAUUUUUGUUUACGAAAUUCCCCCAGUUCAAGAUUCGAAUGCGGAAGAAGCCACCGCCAAUGGUUGUAAGAUGAAGAUGAGAAGGCAAUGUAGGAUUUGGUGGCCAAAGCAGCUCUCAUCUUCUAACCCAGAUCCCGCCAUCUUGUUCGGGUGGUUCGUCCAUUCUUCCCACUCUUCUCUCAACAUUGUUGUAGCCAUUGCAUCUUCCCCAGAUGAGAUUCCAGUCUCUUUCCCUCAAUCGGGUCUUCAGGGGAUUCUCCAUCGGAUAAAUGCAAAAAAUGCCUCUGUUUCUACAGGACAAAUCAACAUUUACUAUUUUAGGGCACUCUACUGCCAAUUGUUGCUUAAAUGGGCCGCUGCGAAGUGUUCAAAUAGAUGCAGAGGAUAACACAAAGCCCACCGAUUACGGAAAAGUAUAUACAAUGGAGAAUCAAGAUUUAUGCGGAGAAAAGUUUGGAAACUGGCACUGUGAAUGCCACAAGUUUGAUGGAAUCUUAGAAAACUGUAGGCAGAAUUCUGUUAGGCAUGGUAAUUGGAUUCAGUUAUCUUUCGACUCUCAUGGAUUGUAUUGUAAAAAUAUCCGCUGGAUUCCUAAGUUGCAUCACAUACACUGGACUGGGGAAAUAGUGUCUAACGCUGAUCUUCACGUAAUAAUUUAUGACCCACCCACAUUUGGCACACAUCAUUUCUCUCUGACUUCUGGUGGUUCACUGGAGGAAGUGAAAUUGCCCCUUGAGAGACCUGAAUGGAUCAGCAAACUAAAUCAAAAGCAGCCACUCCCUGACUUGGACACAGUUGUCUCAGCAAUUAAUAGUGCAUAUGCUGCAAAAAUAUUAUUUGAGAGAUGCAUGGGACACAAAAUUUCACCCUACUGGCUGGUUUCUAUUGUGUGUCACAUUGGAGCGAGCCAUGUUUGUAGCUUCUUUCUGCACUGUAUUUUAUAUAGUUCUUCAGUUCUGUGAUGGCCUUCUGAGUU